AGAUUAUUGAGGACCUGCAGGACACCAAAUAUGCUCUCGAUGCCAAAGAAAGGCAGGCAGAGAAGCUAAACAGGCAGCUCUGAGGAGAAGGUAUAUGCAGCCCAGACAGAACAAAAUCAUCAGUCCAUUCCUGCAGUGACUGGAUUAACGUCUGACGCAGACUGAGACAGACGGACAAGAUGAUUCUCCUGUCACUCCUGGGGGUCCUGUACCUAUUCACAGCUCCAGUGUUCUCUUUAAGGCAGCCGAGUGAUGACCACUGGGGAGAAUACGGCCCGUAUGGAGAGUGCAGCCGAACCUGUGGCACUGGAGUAGCUGUAAGGACCAGGGUUUGCAACACUAUGAGGACUGAUGGUGGACAUAAUUGUGUGGGACCUUCUAAGUCUUACAAAACCUGCAACACUCAGGAAUGUCCCUCUGGAUCUCGUGAUUUCCGUGAGGAGCAGUGCUCCCAGUUUGACAGGAUGGAUUUCCAGGGCAAACGCUACACCUGGCAGCCAUACUAUGGAGCUUCAAACCCUUGUGAGCUGGUGUGUGUACCCAGGGGAGAGAAUUUCUACUAUCGCCAUCGUCCAACUGUGGUUGACGGCACUAUGUGUUACGUGGGCCGCAAUGACAUCUGUGUGGAGGGUGUCUGCAGGGCGGUGAGUCAUGGUGAAAUUGUGGGCUUUGACCACACAACCCCUACUCGAGUCCAAAGACCUGGAAUAACUCACUCUACAGAGGCUUACAGGUACUCUUUCGGUACAUAUUCUGAGUGCUCUGCACCAUGUGGUGGGGGCAUGCAGACUCGCAGUGUGAACUGCGCACUCAACGGACAUGUAGUGGACGACUCAUAUUGUACCGCUCAGGGUCUACAGAGGCCAGCCGCCCAGAGAGCCUGCAACCAGCAUGCUUGCGCUGAGUACAGUGUCGGCAGCUUCAGCUCGUGCUCAGUGACAUGUGGGGAAGGUCAGCAGGUGAGGGAGGUUUUCUGCGUCGGUGGCCGAGGGGAGCGUCUCCCUGAGCAUGAUUGCAGGGGUCUCUCACGUCCAGCGGAGGUCAGAACCUGUCAGAAACCUGCCUGCCACCAGGUCUUCCGUUACUUCGUCAAUGACUGGAGUCUGUGCACUCAGAGCUGUGGAACAGGGACACGGACCCGCAGAGUGGUGUGUAUGGAUCCGGAUCGGAACCAGUAUGGAGAUGAGAGAUGCUCCUCUCAGAGCAAACCUCGUACGGUGGAGAACUGCAACACACAGGCCUGCCCUGGAGCACAGCAGGUGCCCAGUGUUCAAGACUCCAGGGGCCAUGAGAGCACUCUGCGGGGAUUUGUUCCCCAUACCCACAGUGAACCCUCAGUUCAUACACCAUACGAUCCAUACGCAACUGUAGUCGGCCCACACUGUGCUCAGUCUUACUACGGUUGCUGUCCUGAUGGCCACACCGCCGCUUCAGGACCACGAGGAGAGGGCUGCACAGAUGACUGUGUCAGAAGCAGAUACGGCUGCUGUCUGGAUGGAGUAACUACUGCUCAGGGCUUUGCCAGAGCAGGAUGUCCCGAGUAUACCCACAGGGAUCAUCCCUCUGUGCACGCUGAGGUGUGCUCUUUGCCCCGAGAUGUUGGUUCAUGUUAUGAGUAUAAGUCUCGUUUCUACUUUGACUCUUCUGCCCGUACCUGCACACAAUUUUGGUAUGGUGGCUGCCAGGGCAAUGGCAACAACUUUGCCACUGUUGAGGAGUGCAGAAGAAUGUGUGGAGAGUCAACCAGAGUCUCCACUUCUGCUCAUGCCUACAGAGACCAGGCACCAAGAAGAGUCUAUAGAGGAAGAUAUCGUGCCCGUGCUUGAAGAGGAACAAAAAAUUUGAGUCAGAAUCACAUACACAAAUGUAUCCAUGUGUAAAAAAAACAAAACAAAACAAAAUAAAAAUAAAUCAUCAUUCAUCCAUUCAGAAAACAUGUGGUCCUUUAAAUAUGAAGAUGCUAUUGGGAACUAAAGAAUAAUAAAUAAAAAUAGUUCUUUUAAAGCCUUUUAAGAAUGUGUAUCAAAUGUAACAUAAAUGAACGUAACUUAAUAGAGACUUCAGUCCUCUUUAAUGCUUAGGCCAUAUUGUUCUCCUGUCUGUAAUCUCCCUGCUAAAAAUCCAGCUAUAACCAGCUGGUCAUUCAGAGACCAUAUCCUAUGCAGCUGUUACUUAGCUGGAUUUUUAUUAGCAGGGCUACAGUAUGUGCUUUUCCUGUAUCUUCAUCUAAAAGAUUAAAUGGAUUAAGCUGGUCAAAUCUG